UGUCUAGGCCUUAGUGUUUCAAUAAGGGUGCACCUCAAACAUAAAACAUGACGCAUUAUUCCUGGGAUGAAGCAUGCUAUCGUAAUAAGAAAAACGAUGCCUUAUCUAGUGCUGACAGCCGACCAAUUAAUAAUAGCACCAUCUAUAAUUAUGAUGAGCUGCAAUCGGGGGCAUAUGUUACUUAUGACGACGAGUAUGGGGCUGCGGAGGAGGAGUACCCAGCCGAUGGAGAAGGUUUUGGUAGCUUUAAUCAGAACUAUGCUCCUUGUACAACAACAGCUACAAUAAUAGCUGAAGAUAAUAACCCGAAUAUAGCAACAGUCGGAGGGGAGUAUUGGAGAAAUAGUUAUGGAGGUAUGGAAGGUUCUGACUACAACAAUGGUUACAAUUUAAUGAGUGGCUCUCUAAACGAUGGUUCCUCAAUUGAAGGUACGUACUCGAAAAAAGGCAAUCGCGUUGGCUGCCGCUUGCCGCUUGCACCUAUUAUCGAUAAUUCCAAAUAUCGUUUGCUAUCGCAACCGAUUACCUAUGCCCAAAAUGUUCUCAACGAACAUACGGUUUAUGCAGACGAGAGAAUAGGAAGUUUUAUUAGUUUGCCAGCGGCAGCGCCAAUGCGAAUGUUACCAGAACCACAUCCAAGAGUACGCGACAAUCCCUCACAACGAUUAUUUGAAGAUAAUAACAGUUUAGGCGGUAUAUUAACAACAACAACAACAACAACAGCAACAACCGGGACCAGUCAGAACUAUGAUGUCUGUAGCCAAAUAUCGCGACCCUAUACAUCAAUGCUGCCCCUCGAUUAUGGUGAAUAUUCGGAUUAUGCGUACAACUCGGACAAUUUGUCGGCAUAUAGCGAUACACCUCCGCUGAGCAAUACUACACAGCUUAAGCUGCAACAACAGCGCAGAAUUUCACUUAUGUUGGCAAUGACAACAGCAUCUGUGAUAGCAUCUGGAGAGACUAGGAUACCCAUACAGCAGCAGCAGUACUACAACACGACUAGACGAAGUGAUAGUAAUACCUAUUUUAAAUGCAAUCGGAAUAUUGAUAGCAUUGUAUCAACCUCGGCUAGCACAACAAACUCCUCAGUUGCCUUUUCCAAUACCACUACGUUAGCUUCAGCGCGAUGGUCAAAUACGACGACGUUGACGUCGACGAUAACGACGACGAUGACGACGACGACCUCAACUAGAAAAUUGCCAAAACGUCUACCGUCACCUGCAGUACUGAACAAAUCAUCGUCAUCAAUAAUUCCCGAAGUCCUUACACAUAAUUCAUUAGAAACUCCAAUUCAUCGAACAAAGCAGUUGCCCAAGUUACCCACGUCUAAAAUUAAAGCUAUUUCCAGCCCAUUUACUAUUCGAGACUUAGCAACAGUUGUUAGUUCAUCGCCAGAAAAAUGUACCCCGAUGUUAACCAGUGCUCCAUUAAAAUUUAUGGACAAUGUUGAAAAUUCCAAUAGUUUUGCACAGGAGAAGCAAGAACCACUAGAUGAGAAGCAGGGGCAAGAGAAGAUGCAAGUAGAUGAAGCAUCAGUUAAUAAGAAUUAUGGCAGCAAUCAAUUCAAUGACCAGAGAUAUCAAAGGGCUGUGUCUAAAUCGUUUGAUACAUUUAGAACAUGGUCACCAGCAACUUCAACAUUACCCGAUUCGCCUGCAUUGCAUCAAAGCAACUUUACUAGUCUCGUCGAGUGUAAUAUAAACGCCUCAUCUCAAAUAUUAUCAUCAAUUGAAUCAUCUUUAGAGCAGUCCUUGUCAAUACCAGCGAAACCCCAUCAAAAUUUAAUUUUCACAACCACAGAAACAAGCUUAAACGAAGAUAAGAGAUCAUCAUUUGACAUAUCUGAAUAUUUGAAACCUUAUCAAUUCGACUCCCUUAUAUUUACACCAGAAAAAAAGAUCGAAGACGAAAAUAAAAUCGAAAAUGCAAAGGACAGUGAGACCAUGACUCCCACUAGCACUAGAAUUGAAUAUGAUGCUCGAAAUAAUUCAUUAGAAUCAUUUCCUUUGUGCUCAUUGGAAACUCAAAUGCCAAGUGUCAAUCCAAAUCUUAAUUCAAAUUCAAUUGCAACUUGGACAACUAACAGUCCCAUUUACAUUGAAACGCCAUUAAGUGAAUCUUCAUCUAGUGUAUCCUAUUUAUUAAGUAAGCCCAUUGCAAACAUCGAUCAGGAAUUGGAUAAUAGUAAUCAUACGGAUUUAAAACUUUCUCACGAUACAGUCACAACUGUAAGCCACUUGAGUAACGUGCUCACAACAACUGUUAUUCCGUCUAGUCUAUUGGCGGCUGGUAUUACUAGCACUAGUUUAGAGUGUAAUAUUGUCGAUUCGUCUACGUUUUCCUACGUUGAUUAUAUGAAAAAGUUUGAACUACCGGAAAUACCAGAAUUAUCACCAAUUCCUGAUAUACACAGCUUAACAGUGACUCAAGCACAGCCUGUACUGACAGACACGACGUCAAAUCUAGUCGAUUUCACUGCUAAGAAGCAAGCUACAGCUUUAACCACAGCAGAGUCGCAACCAUUAGAAUCAGGCAUAGACAGCUAUAAGACUAACGAAAAUCAAAUUGAAGCUUCUAGAUGGCUGCCUACCAUAGCUAGCCAUUCGGUAAACACAUCUUUAGCUAAUAUAAAUCUAAUGAAUUCUGAGCUAAGCUCCACGCUGGAUACAAAUAGCUCCUAUUCUCAGCUGUAUGAAUCCCAAGCGAAAAUAUUAGUUGAAGGAGAUACAAGGGAAACGUUGAUUGGUGCUGAGCCCUUAUUAAAUCAUAAUGAGGAGCCAUUAGAAAGCAACGUAUCAGCUUUUGACGAUAGCUUCUAUGAUAGUUUUAAUGUAGAUCUAUCGGCAUUGACGGCUACAAUAGCUCAAAUUGAAAACGCCACAACAUUAACACCAGCUCUCAAGCAAAGUAGCAGUGACACUAAAAUUGAUCUAACGACUUCUAAUACCUACAUGAACUUAAAGGAAACUAAUAAUACAAGCGAAUAUAACGAGCCUUGCAGCGGAUAUUAUAAGCCCGCGCAAAUACAAACAGAUGAACCCACACAAACUCCACCAAAAGCCAAGGUCUCGAGUGUACUGGGUGGCCUUUCAAAGGGUAUUAAGGGUGGCUUGGAUGGCGUGCUGAUCGGUGUUAGUUCAACAAUGGACACAACUAAACCGAAUCCAGUAAGCAAUAGUAAAAAGAGUUUUGGCUUUGGACUGGCGUCUAAAUUGGUGCCAAAUGUUGGGAGUUUACUUGUGAGACAAGACCCAACAACUACGACAACCUCCACCUCUGCAGUUUCUAAUGCACCAUAUGGAUAUGAUUAUGUCAUGCACUACGAUCAAUUACCAGAUAAGAUAAAUAGGAAUACAAACACGGGCGUCAGUGCACCCAUCACACCUACCUUUGACUAUCUCAGCUCGAAAACAAAUUUAGAUUUUGACUAUCUCGGAAAUGACAAUUUAUCUAAUAACGACUAUAGUUAUAGUGAAUAUCCAGCAGCAAAAAAUAUCCAAAGCAGCUCAGACCCAUAUAAAGUAACGAUGAGCCAUGAAUUGGGCUCAAGUGAAAUUGGUAUGGAAAUCGAAACACCACCUAAGUCCCAAGUAGUAAAACCUUCAGAAACGCCUAUUAAGCAGAAUGCAAAAAGCGCUUCUGGUGGAAUGUUCGGUUCUAUUUUUGGUAAAGCCGCAGCAGCUGUACAAUCCGCGACACAAGCUGUCAAUCAGGGUGCUUCCUCUGUUGCAUCGGCUGUGGUGCAAAAGGCAUCGGUACAGCAGAUCCCCACAACUUCUGUUGUUGAACAGAAUAAAACUGUUGUUGCACCAGAUCUAAUUUCAACGUCGUCUUCCAAUCAAAUCCCAGCUCUAAAUAUGUCAUAUGUAUCCAAUAUUGAACAGGCAGCCAUGGACAAUGAUAAUUAUAAUGAACUACAUCUUAGCCACGACUCGACUUACUCAACAGCUGACGAUGAUUACGAAAAUAGCAAUGCACACAUGCCAAUCCAUGAUGAUAAUAAGGCAUAUUCUAUGCACCAUUCCAGCAAUCAGAGUCAAAAUCAGAAUCAGAGUCUAGGCGAUGACAUGGUAGGAAAAGUCAAAGUUUUACCCACGGUGCCGUCAGCAGGAUCCAGCGGCAAAAAACUGCCCGCCAUCAAUGGUAAAUCGGGGCUGAUUUUGAUAAAGCAACAGCCAACUGAGAUAUUUGAUGAUGACGAAAUUAAUGAAUCGGACGAUGAUCUCAUUGACAAUUUGAUUGGACGUGCUGAUAAUCCGAGUUAUUGCAUAGAUAGUGAGCAGAACGAUUACUAUAUGGAUCACCAGCAGGCGACACCGUCAAAUAGAAUUGCUAACGAUUAUUAUGAGCACGUUGGCUCAGGUUAUGUCUAUCGAGAGGAUUUCUUUAAUGAAGAGGAUGAAUAUAAGUAUAUUGAGCAACAGAGUCAACAGCAACAAGAAAAGCAACAGCAGAAGCAUCAACAAGACCAACAAGAUAAUUAUCCAUAUCAGAAUUCUCAUAAAAUGCUGCUUAGCCAUAAACAAGACUCAAUAGAUUACGUGGACGAUGGACAAAACGAUGACUACCUACCCGAUACAUAUCCAAGUGAUGAAGACUGUGGCAAUUAUCUAGAUGAAAGCUCUAGUGGUAGUGUUGGUGUAACCGAAAAUCGUAGACAACAUUUGAGCGGCACCAAUAUAGCUCCUGUUAGCGUCUCAAUGGACCAGUUGGAGCAUCAGCAUCAGCAAAUCAAGAAACAGGAUAGUAUUAUUAUCGAAGAGGAGGAAUCCAGUCCAAUAGAUUUGAAGGGAGAUCUUGGUCUCUCCACGCAUAGAUCACCCGAACGAGCGCUAGUUGAUCAUGAUCAUGAUAAUCUUAGUGUGGAUAAUGAGGAUCAACUAAGCGAUUUGUUGCCAACUAGAAUCAAAUCGCAAAAGAAAAAGAAAGUCCUCUUGCGUGGCGAAACGGAGGAAGUUGUCAGCGGUCAUAUGCAAAUCAUACGAAAACCGGAAAUUACAGCCAAGCAAAGAUGGCAUUGGGCCUAUAACAAGAUUAUUCUACAGCUUAAUGUAAGUACUUUUAUAAUACUA